AUGGACUACUUCGACCCUGCAGGUUUCUGCAAAGUUGGUGAUGAGGCUGGCUUCCGGAAUUUGCGGGCGGCAGAACUGAAGCAUGGCCGUGUGGCAAUGAUGGCUGCCUUGGGGGCCUCGGUGCAGCACUACGUGCAAUUCCCCGGCUUUGAUGAAGUUCCAACUGGCAUCGGUGCAGUGACCACGGCGCCUGGAUCCUAUGGCUUUGCUGCGCUUUUCCUGGUCAGCGGAGUGCUGGAACUGGCGCUGUGGACGGAGGAUCCAAAGAAGGAGCCAGGCAACUUUGGCGAUCCUCUCAACUUGGGGCAGUAUGACAUUGACAUGAGGAACAAGGAGCUGAACAACGGCCGGUUUGCCAUGUUUUCCAUUGUUGGAAUCAUCGCGGCAGAGCUAUUUACUGGCAAGGAUGGCAUUGAUCAGAUCGGCCUCGACACUCCAACAUUGUGA